UCCCUUGUUGAACCCCGCGUGUACGGUAUUCAGAUAUAAAAUGCGUAGCAUUAUGUCUUGGUGUGCUUAGAACCUUUACCAAAAUCCCAUGGUUGCAAUCAGCACGUUGUUAAGAAGAAAAAUCCAAACAGGAAACAAGACACUACAUGCCUCCACAAUAGCUCAUAGCUUUCUCUAUAAAAAUUCCCUUUGACCAUGGAUCGGCAACAUUGUGUCCAGGAUGUGUUACGGUGUCAUCUUUGUGAUACCCCGCACCCAUCUUUGCACUGUGAUAUAUGUGCAGAAUAUCUGUGUGAAGCCUGUAAGGGAGAACACUUAUCAGAUUUAUCAAAAGAACACGAAGUACUGCCUUUUAGAGGCCGGGAAUCGACUAUUAAAUGCUCCAAACAUUCCUCAAAAAUAUGUGAACGGUACUGCAUACAAUGUGCUAUCCAUGUCUGUGUGGAAUGUGCCUCUUCAAAAGAACACAGAAGGCACGAAUUUUUAGAUAAAAAGGAUUUCUUGCAUAGAGACUUACAAGAACUAGAGAACCAAAUACUUACAAAAUAUCAAGAAAUUGCGUAUAAAAAUUCAGAUCAAAUAGCCAAACUGAAGAAAAGCUACAAGGAUAUUAAAGCGGCUAUCAAUAAUCACGGAGAAGAGCUACACAGAGAAAUAGACUCUGUUGUCAAAAAAUUUACAUCUAAUCUUAAUGAAAUGGAAUCGCAAUGUCUAGAUAAAUUGAUGAGUCAGGAAAAUGAAAUCACCAGGAAAAUGUCUAAAAUAACGCAGAUGAUUGCUUAUUUGAGGAAAUUACUAACCUUAAAUGAUGACAGCCUUGUCUCUGCCUACGAAUCAAGAAAUGCUGAAUACAGAACUUUACCUUCUACAUUAAUAGUUUCUUCGCCAAGUUUUAUCCCCAAGAAGAUCAAGAAAGAACAGAUUUAUCAGGAAUUCGGUUUUCUCUCAGCGUUCUCUAUUAAAAAGGAAGAACAAAAAUAUCAGCAGUUUUCUAUUCCAACAAAGGAGGUCAAUACAAUGGAUUCCUCAGAUGAUCAUUCCUCUGAGGUACACAGACCGCUUGUAGCCGUUUCAAAAGUUAUCGCUGAGAUAAACACUGACUAUGCACUCUAUAAAGAAUUACGCAGUGUUUCAUGUAUGAAUGAUGAAGAGAUCUGGACGUGUGGUAAUAACAACAAAAUGAAACUCUAUAACCUUCAAGGGGAACUAAUAAAGUCAAUCCAAACUAAAUCAGGAAAUUUUCCGAACGACAUAACAAUGACAAGGAAAGGGGAUCUCAUUUACUCUGAUUACAACGAUAGGACUGUAAACAUUGUAAAGAAGAGACAUAUAGAGACAGUAAUCAGAUUACGGGGAUGGAUGCCUACUAAUGUAUGCCUUACCUCCUCUGAUGAUCUUCUUAUUGCCAUGGUCAGUGAUCGUGAUAAACAAACAAGAGUUGUGCGUUACUCAGGCUCCACUGAAAAGCAAAGAAUUCAAUACAAUGACAAAGAACAGCCUCUUUAUUCACCUUAUGGUGAAAAAUUUAUCAGAGAGAAUAAGAAUCUUGAUAUUUGUGUAUCUGACUUCUACGCUAAAGCAGUAGUGGUGGUAAACCGAGGAGGAAAAUUAAAGUUUACCUACUCCGGUCCUCCCUCUACUUCAAAAAAGUCAUUCAAGCCAUACGGCAUCGCGACUGACUGCUGGAGUCGAAUUCUCAUAGCAGACUCUCACACUAUCCAUAUCCUCGACCAGGGCGGACAGUUUCUUUGUUUCAUUAAUAAUUGUCAUUUGGACUGGCCAUAUGGCUUGUGUGUUGACACAAACGAUAAUCUCUAUGUAGCUGAGUAUUUCGAAGGCAAAGUGAAGAAAAUUCAAUAUAAGACAUAAUAACUGUGGUACUAGUAUAUAUUUAACAUGAACUAAAAGUGUACAUGGUAUGCAGUGUAAAUUAAUUAUGCAUUGUACAUUGCAUCUCUGUUGAUAAGGCAGAUAACAACAUUGCCUUUGUUUGUAAGGCACAUCAUAUUAAUUGCAUUUUCAAAGAACUAGGUUUCAAUGCUGCACAUGGUAACCCUACUUACACCCAUAACAGCCUUUCCAAGCAGGAAAUACUUGAAAUCAUAAAUCGGUUUUGGAUAUCUUUAAUAUCUCCUAUCAACAAAAUGAAAUAUGUUUUAACUUAUUUGUAUUGGAAUCCAAAGCUUCACAAAAACUCUUACAAACAGAGAUAUAUAGCAGAUUCCAGUAAAUGUUCUAACAAACCUCUCUCUUUUCUCCUUACUAAAAUUCUUACAGUAGUGAAGGAGAAACAUCAAAAGUACUGUAAUAUAUACCUUAGAAUCGGUGUGAAUCAGAUGUGGAUACUAAAAAACUCUAAAGAAUUAUUAGACACUUUAAGGUUACAAAAUCUUACCAAAAUCAAUAACAUAAAAACGUACGAUUUUUCAACGCUUUAUACAACCUUUCCCUAUGACAAAUUAAAAUGUAGGCUUUUUGAUAUCAUCGACAGUUGUUUCUACAAUAAAAGUGGAAGUCGUAAAAAUGCUUACCUUGUCAUUGGAAAUUUAAACAAGAUAGGCUUUAUAGGCCUUUACGGUCACCUGAGUACCAUUGCCUAUACACAAAAUUGUGGAGGAGUCUCAUGAACGAAUUUAAUUGAGUUUCAUCACUGUCUGAAUCCCUUUUGAAAGGACUCUGAAUCCUAUAAUUUAGCACAAGACCUAUCUCUCGUAACAGAGGGUAUGACCUACUACUGAAAAGGUGUACAGCUUCCAUACAAAGUAUUUUUUCUAGGUAUGUUUACUUUUAAAAUAGGUUUUAUGUUUAUGUGUUUUGAAAGAUAAACUAAUACAAGGUGGCUAGUAAACUAUUGAUUACUUUACUAUUAACAAGUCAACUUGUUUAUUUUGAAAAAUUUAAAAACUGUUUUUGUUUCAAAUGAUAAAAAUACUUUCAUAACUAUUUUGAUCAUACAACUUCUUACUUACAUUAUACAUGUAUUUAAGAGCCAUUCUCUGUAAGCAUUUAAACACUUGUAUAGGAGGUUCGGCACGCAUAGUCCCCGAUUUUUCUCAAAUUUUAAUAUGGUGCAUACUAUCAUAUACCUAUCAUAAAUACACCAAAAGUUGGUUGCUAGGCAACUCCGUUACCAUGUAUACACAUACUCAUCAUUCUUAGGACAAAAUGGCCAUUAUUUUUACUGAAAAUUCACUUUAUCUCUUUGAAUAUUUAUUUCAGUUAGAUUUGUUAUGAUAAAUCAUCAUCAAAGUAUCAAAGCAUUACAUCUUAACUAUUGAAUGAUACAAUUAGCCAAAAAAAGUUUUUAUUUUUCUUUAUUGUACCAAGAGCUUAAAUGUUCUUAGCAUAUUUGAAAUUCUACGUAAACAAUAUUUUGAGAUUGUUUGUAAUAUUGAUUUACAAUUUAGUAAAUCUAGGUAAUAAUAUAGACAACUGUUACCAUGGAAACAAAAAAACAAUUUCGUUCAAUUCUAGGUAUGAUAGCCAGUUAAUGUCUUUGAAUUUUAUUUCAUUAUAUAAUGGUUACCAAUGUUAAAUAAAAGAGCAUUUUAAAUAAAAUUUGAUUUUAGGUCACCUGGGCUAAAAGCUUUCUGUCCGGCGUCCGUCUCUGUCCAUCCAUCUGUGAACUUUUCACAUUUGUAACUUCUUCUCCAAAACCACUGAAUCAAUUCUAACUACACUUAGCACAAAUCAUUCCGAGGUAAAGUUAAAAUAAACUUCUUUCAAGGGCAAGGGGGUAAUAAAAACAAGAAAUAAUCUAUGUUAAACAUUUUACCUUGAAAUGUUGUUCAAGGUCACAGCACACUUUUACGUAAAAAGUUGUUUAUGUGAAGUAUGAGCCAGAAAGGGCUAAUGAAUGGGUGUGUAUGCUUAGAUAAAUGAUUUUUAGAGUGGUCUGAUAUGACCUUGACCUUGAACAACAUUCAAGGUCAUUGCAUACCCUUUGACCAAAGGCACUCUGUUGGUAAAGUAUGAGCCAGAGUUGACCAAAGAGAAGAUAUACGCCGGAAAAGUGAUCUUAGAUGGACAGAUGAAUGGACAGACAAACUGAUCACUGUAGGUUGCAUCGAAAAUCUUCUUUAAAAUCAUUUGGCAAAAAAGCUACAAUUUGUGCGGAAUCAUCCUCAGGAAGUGUAUAUUCAAGUUUGUUCAAAUCAUGAUUCCUAGGAUUGAGGUUAAUUUUUUUAUAGGAAUAAAUAAAGAAAAUGAAAAUAUUCUCGAAGAAACAAAAUCUUGAUGUUUGACAUGAAAAUAUAUGAAGAAAAUUAAAGAUAUUUUUAAAGAAGAUAUACUCUUCUA